UGUAAUAGUGGUUUCUAAGUUUUUCAUAACAUUUUGCUCUGUGUAAUUCAACAAAGGUGACCUAUCUUCAAAAAAUAAGAUAGAUGAGCUCAAUAAAGAUCAGGAAACUGGCUCAAAUUUGGAGACAAUACUUCAUCGGCUUGCUCUUUUACACUUGGGUGAAUCACCCUUAUCCAACUUUGCCUGGAGGGAGUUUGUAGUAAACACAUCAUUACAACACCCAUAGUCCAUACUAUCGAUCUCCUCGUUUGAUGGUUCUUUUGAUUACAGCUGUAAAUGUCAAUAAUUCUUCUUGGCAUUCACUGUAACAUCACCAUAGAGCGUACAAGUACAUCUAAUAUGAAAAUGGAGCCACAAUAUCAAACUUAACUUCUAGGGUGGGAAGCAGAACCUUGUUAUCAAUCAAAUAAAGCUGCUUUCACCUUUUCUCAAUUGACCUUACUUAUCUGGAUCGUAUUAUCAAUCUUGAAGGUGGUAUUGUCAUCCCAUCAGCAGGCAACAGGCUCUGCAAGCCUCCUGUGAUUGGCAAAACCUCUCUUGGGGAACAGAACAGCAGCUGUCACAGGCUGGUUUCCUCAGGCAGAAAUGUGUCACAGAGAAGAGUUGAUUCAGGGGAGGGACCAGGCAGAGAGGAAGUUGGGAGGCAGAACUGCCACUGAGUGGAGCCAUGCAAAGAAUCAGCUCCUCCAUCCAUCUCACCCUCUUCUGGGCAGGAGCAACAGCAGCUUUGGUGUUGGUGCCUCAAGACCAAGCAGUGACUGUGUCCGUGGGAGAGUCUGCCACCUUCAGAUGCUCCAUGGAAGGAGGAACGUUCACUAACUACUACUACAACUGGUACAGGAAGACCCAGGACAGCACAAUGGCUUUCAUAUACCGAGACGGGGGUUUGUAUGGCCCUGGUUUCCAGAACAGGUUCCGAAGUCAAAUUGAUGCUUCAGACAACCAGGCCGUACUUGAGAUACUUAAAGCAUCAGAAAAAGAUGAAGGAUUUUACUACUGUGCUUGUGACUACCACCCUGCUGCAGGCCCACUUCUGAGCAGCUCGAAAACCAUAGAGAUCCAUGUAGAACAGCAGUGCCAACAAGAUCAGAAUUUUCUCUUGAAUAAAUCGUUUAAGAGGAGGCUGGCAUUCCUGCCUUUCCUUCAGGCUCCAUCACUCAUGUCCUCCCCAUGCGUUCCCAUGGUGGUCAGAGAGGCGUGGCCCAGUAUGGGACAGGAAAGAGGAGAGAUAGAGCCGAAGUCAGGAGUCGUAGCAUUCACUAUUAGGUUUAUCAGCUGUGGAGAAUGGCUGAUCUUUGGCAAAGGAACCUACCUGACCGUAGAACCAAAAAGUCAGCCUCCUGCCAAACCAUCCGUUUUCAUCAUGAAAAAUAAGACAAGUGUUGCUUGUCUGGUGAAGGAUUUCUACCCCAAGGAUGUAAAUAUACAACUUCAGUCAUCCAAGAAAAUAAUAGAAUUUGACCCUGCUAUCGUCGUUUCUCCCAGUGGGAAGUACAGUGCUGUCAAGCUUGGUAAAUACAACGAUUCUAAUUCAGUGACAUGUUCAGUUCAACACAACAAUGAAAUCUUGUACUCCACCAACUUUGAAGCGAGAAUGAACUCUUCAGAUAAUCUAAAACCACCAGUGAAAACUGAAAACAUACAGCAAACUUCAGAGAGCUGCCCUGAACUCAAAGUGCAUGCUGGGAAGUUGAACAUGAUGUCCCUCACAGUGCUGGGGCUCCGAAUGCUAUUGGCCAAGAGUGUUGCCGUCAAUUUUCUCUUGACUGCCAAGUUAUUUUUCUUUUAAGGCUGACUGACAUAAGAAGGCUACACUCCCUGAAAUAAACCAAAAGCCUACAGAGGUGCUAUCUUUUAGGCUUCUGACUUCUCGGUGAUUCAAGUUGAUCCACCACAGCCUUGCUUAAAUUGCUGCUACCCAAACCAGUUUUUCUUUGAAGGCAACAAACCCGGUUUGUUCUCCAGCCUGAUGGAAAGACAAAAGUCCUGGGGGUAGGGGUUUUUGGUCCUAAGUGCUUUAUAUGCUGCUUUAUAAAUGAAUAUAGAAAUACAAAGGGAUAAAAGGCUCAUUUUUUUUAUUGAUACACUUUGAAAAUGGUGUUUUGUUCCUCUGACUUUCUUUGCCUUCAGAAGUAGAAAGUGGGAGCCAACAGGUUACCAGCUCCAUUCUCCAAGAGGAAAGCAGACCCCAGGGGAAGGAGAGCAGGACUCCUUUACCUAAACAUGAAAGGUUCUGCUCAACCCACCACUAGAUUUGCCCCAAACUAGCAUCUCAACCACAAAAGCACUUUUUGCUCUUCCUACUGUUUUACAAACAAAAUUAGAUUUGACAUCCCUAACACUCAUCGUGU